AUGUCGUCGACAGCUACAACUCAAGCAAAGAGUGUUAUCACUAUGGAAGAGAGUGCAGUGUUCCAUCGAUCCCAGAAUAAGUCGUAUGGCACGGCUUGCGGAGGCAAAGGAGUAUACCUCUUCCAUCCUGACGGAUCAAAAACGCUUGAUGGCAGUAGCGGAGCAGCAGUCUCCUGCCUAGGCCAUGGUCACCCAGUGGUGAUCGAAGCAAUUGUCGACCAAGCACGUAAACUAGCCUUUGCACAUUCUUCAUUCUUCACCAACGAUCCUACCGAGGAGUUGGCACACCUUUUGACAAGCCUAAGUGAUGGUGCUUUUUCCAAAGUAUUAUUUCUGAGCUCAGGCUCCGAGGCAGUGGAAUCUUCAAUCAAACUGGCACGUCACUACCACUUUGCAAGAGGCGAGUCUCAACGUGUCAACUUUAUCGGCCGAGAGUAUGGAUAUCAUGGAAACACACUUGGAGCACUUUCUGCUGGGCAUCAUCCUUUCCGACGAGGUCCUUUCGCACCUUUGCUGUCGCCGGUAUUUCAUCAUGUCGCGCCUUGCUUUUAUUCGCACGAUGCGCGAGCAUCAGAGGAUGAAAGUUCAUACGUCGAUAGAUUGAUCGCAGAGUACGAGGCCAAGUUCCAGACUCUGGGGCCAUCGACUGUUGCAGCAGUCAUACUAGAACCAAUGGCUGGAGCAACCCUUGGGGCAGUCCCUGCUGCACGUGGCUAUCUCUCCCGACUCAGGGAGUUGUGUGAUAAGUAUGGUGCUCUUCUGAUAUUCGACGAAGUAAUGUGUGGAAUUGGCAGGGCUGGUACCUUUCAUGCAUGGCAAUCACUCGGGAACGUGAAGCCUGACCUUCAGGCCGUCGGGAAAGGCUUGGGAGGGGGGUAUCAACCAAUCUCCGCAGUGUUGAUCAAUCCUAGAAUCCACCAAACCUUGAAGUCUUCGCAUGAAACGAAACCGUUCAUAAGCGGGCAUACCUAUCAAGAUCACUCUGUUGCCUGUGCAGCGGCUCUAGCGACUCAGAGAACUAUAAUCAAAAAGGACCUUCUCAGCAACGUGCAACGGAUGGGUGACCUGUUGGAGCAAGAGCUCCACAAACACGUACCUUUGGUGAAAGAAGUCAGGGGACUUGGUUUAUUCAGGACCAUCGAAUUUAUCACCCCGCCAAGUGGACAGAUUGCAAGCAAGGUUACAACCAGGUGUCUCUCGAAUGGAGCAGCGGUAUAUCUUUGCUCUGGAGGACUUGACGCUAUCCUAUUUGCUCCACCAUUUAUCAUCAGCGAGCAAGAAGUCAAGGAGUUGGUCCAAAUAUUCGCAAAGUCUACAAAUGAGAUUAUCGAUGAGAGCUGUGGGUAA